UCUUCAUAGUUUGUUAUAUAUUUAAAAUAUCACUGGUUUUAACAUUUACUUUCUGCUGAAUUAAAGCAUUUGUCAGUUUAGUUCUUUAGGAUUAUUUUGUAUAGAAGUGAAUUUGUCCGUGAUAGCAAGUUGUGUUUUAAAAUGAAUCGGAUAUUCAAAGCGUUAUUCUCACUAUUGGUAAUUGAGCGUAUUUCUGGAGGGAAAUUUGUCGUGUUUGGUGUAUUCAACCAAACUUGUGUUACUGACGGGUGCAGCAUUUGUUGUGUUAACAAGAUUUGUACAUCUGGCAACUUUCCUAACGAAUGCAAAUAUGGAUGCAUAGAUGGCCACAGAGGCGCUCGAUGUUAUGAACUCUGCAAAUAUAAUUGCAAGUCUUGCGAAGAUAAAACUGAUGUCUGUGAGUCGUGUUAUGAUGGAUUCUACCUAGGGAACAGUAAGGAUUGUACAUCGAAAUGCCCUCCUAACUGUAAAACAUGUUCUUCGAAUUUGCAUUGUGAUACUUGUAAGGAAGGAUUCUACGACAAGGACGGGUCUUCUACCUGUGACUAUUCUAUUUGUCCUACACAAUGUGAAUGUGAUGAAAUCAACUGCGUUGGUUGCAAAAAUGGUUAUUAUGAUAUAGAAAACUCCUGCAACAAAGCAUGUCCGCUUAACUGUUUGACUUGCUCAACUUUUGAACAGUGUACUCAAUGUCAAAAUGGAUUUUAUAAUGGUUACGGAAUUCAUAGUGACACCAACGUCCUUUUAAAUGACUGUACCUACAAAUGCAGAGAUGCAUGCAUUAGUUGUUCCUCAUACUAUAAUUGCGUAAAAUGUCCAGCUGGAAAGUAUGGACUACAAUGUCAAGAAACCUGUUCAUUCGGCUGCAAAGAAAAUAUUUGUUUGAUAGAAACAGGCAAAUGCAAUUGUACUUCUAACUUCUUUGGUGAAAAGUGUGGAGAGUGUGUAGCUGGAAAAUAUGGGAACCUCUGUGAACUAUUAUGCCCGAAUAACUGUAAAAAUAGAAUCUGUCACAGGUUUUCAGGUAACUGCACUGAAGGCUGUGUAAAUGAAAAUAUUUCCGGCGCAAAAUGCUAUGGAUGUGCUGUUGGAAGAUUUGGAAACCUUUGUGACAAGAUCUGUUCUGCAAACUGUAGAAAUAAAAAGUGUGAUAAAGACAGCGGGGACUGCUCCGAUGGAUGUGAAAAUCAUUUUAAUGGGACAACUUGUACCGAAUGUGUCAAUGGAAGAUACGGAGAAAAUUGUCAAUACCACUGUCCAGAUACUUGUGCAGAUAACAUGUGCAAAAUGCAGGCAGGCGAUUGUUUCCAGUGUAUCGGCAACUUCGACGGAAAUAAGUGUGAUAGUUGUAAACCUGGAUUUCAUGGUUCAAGCUGUGAUCAAAAUUGUUCUAGGAAUUGCUUAAAUAAUUCUUGCGACAAAAUAUCAGGAUCAUGUAUGAACGGAUGUAAAACUAAUUAUUCUGGAGACAAAUGUUGCGUUAAUAAUAACAACUGUAUACAUUGCUCGUCAAACACCGAAUGUCAAGAAUGUAAAUCUGGCUAUUUCCAAAAGUUAUGCGAACACAGUUGUCCAAAAAACUGCAAAGAAUCUUGCGAGUUUUCAACAGGCGUUUGCAAGGACUGUAUAAUAAACCAUUUUGGUCCAGUAUGCAACCAAACGUGUUCUGAUAAUUGCAAUGUUUCACAGAGCAAUGUACUCCGCUGUGCAUCUACUGACGGAAAGUGUGUGCAUGGUUGUAACUAUGGUUUCUUCGGUGAUUCUUGUAAUCAAACAUGCAGUAGCUUUUGCAUUGAUUAUGAAUGUUCUCGAGAAAAAGGUAUAUGCAUAAAUGGGUGUAGCGGCUCACAAGAGGAUCCGGCGUGUCCUGUCAGUUUGGGUCAAACGUCUACUACUCCACCCUCUAUUGGUCCUAUCGCGGGAGGUGUUUCAGGUGCUUUGGUUGUUAUCAUUAUUGGGAUUGUGCUUGCAGUAUUCACCGUCAAACGAAGGCGCACGGGAAAACCUUCUGAACAGCAGAACGACGAUGAACAUGCAAGAGACAAACAUGUAUACGAAAAUUUUCGUGUUUCUGAAGCAGAUAAUUCCGCUUAUGAGAUUCUUGAUAGAACUCAAGGUGCCUCUGAACACCUGUAUCAUACAGCUUCCGUCAGUGCACCUAAAAGUAUGGUCAGUCCUGGAAACACAGACUAUAUGAAUCUGCAAAUCUAGGAAUCAUGAAAUGUUAUUCUUCGCCUGUGACCGUGUUCUACAAAUCAUUCUUAAACUGUUAGGAAGAAUUGGAAUAAUCAUUACAUUAAUUGUUUGAGUGUUAUUACUAUCUUAUUAUUGUGCAAAUGCGUGGCUCUGAGGCUGUGUAUGUAGUGAUCUGUGCUUCCAAGGAAUCUACCCUUACCAAUUAUCUUUACUAAAUUUUCCCUGUAUCAUCUGUAUGAAUAACAUAACAAUGAUCAAUAUCCAGCAGGGAAAGCCAUAUUCUAAGCUUUUGUGAGAAAUAUAUAUCCCAUAAGAUGUUGCUAACCUUCGUCUAAUCUAAUGAUGUUGAAUAUAUCAGUGUUUAUGUGAAUUUCAAUGUAUUUGUUAAUGAUCCCUGCAUUUAUUCGAGAUCCUGUAGUAACAUAGUAUCUAUGAUCUGUCAGAAGACCUCAGUUAAGCAUAAUUUUAUGUUAUUGAGAAUGGUAUCUAUGUGAAUUACGUCUUGUCAUAAGGUAUCUGGUUAUCAUAUUAAUGUAAUUUUCAGAAAACUAUCAGUUCUGAUAAGCUUAAACUGUGUAUUUUAGUAUCAAUGCAAAACUUUUGCCUUAUAUAUACGAAAACAAAUCUACUGACGUUACGUAGUAAUAAUGGAAACAUCUCCAAAGGAUAAAACGUUUGCUUUUUACUCUAAAAGGUUUUGCAGUCCUUGAUUGAAAAAGUACUUUCUCUUAUUUAUAUGUAGUUUACAAAUGUUUUAAAUUUCAAGAUUAAAAAAUCUAUGACACCAUCUUCGCGAUAUUUCUGUGUACGUAUUUCUCAUAUGUAAUAAGACAAACCUCUAUAAUGUUCUUUCACUAAUGAUUUUGUGUUAAUGCUUAUUGUAAAUAUGGUCUUUGAGAUUUGACAUUUGGUAUUUUGUUAUGUCUUCAUUGUAGUGUUUAGUAUAACAAUAUAGUAUUAUAUGUACAGGAAUUAAAAUAAAAACAAAUCUCAGA